AUGUCGUCGUCCACGGCCCCCAGGGUCAUACCCGCGAAGCUAUCCUUCCUCGCAAUAUACAAUCCGUCUCUCGGGGCUACCGACGAGACCAUCCAGGACCAGAUCGUUUUCUAUUAUUCCCGUACAACGAAGGUACGAGGGAAGGUUGAAGUGCAGAACCCUCGGAAUGCGGAGGACCUCCGGGAGGAACUAAACGAGAAGCUCCGGCAGGUUGGGCUAGCGCAGGGCAUGGUUGGCUUUGCCCGGAGCUUCUCUCAUGGUGAUGCCGUCAAUUCUGUCGAGACUGAGAAGUCGCGGAUCGUUCUCCAUGAGUUAGAGUCUGGAUGGUGGAUUCUGGCUGUCGACCAUACUGAAUCGAUACAGUCAAUUGACCUCACACAACUUCCGGCACCUGCAACUCACGACUUGAAAACCGAUGACGGGAGCGUAAAAUCCUCAAAUUACGCGAUUGAGUAUUCUUCGCGUGAGGUCAGUCCUCCUGCGCUACUCCUCCAACAACUCAUCCGGGCACACUCUAUCUUCCUUUUGCACCACGGCGAAAGCCUCCAGAGCAUAUUUGACAAGCUCGGCCGCACAAAGUUCUGCAGCGCAUUGGAAAGAUACUGGGCGAAGUUCGCAGGUUUCUGGGAUGUCCUGUUACAUGGCAGUCCGGCAGUAGACAUAUUCCGUGGCUUAAAGCUUGCCGCUGGAGGAGAGUUGGGUGUGGGCGUUGGAGAAGAAGAUUGGGGGAGUGGGGAGCGUGAGGUUCUUGAAGACUUUGCUCGGAGGACAGAAGGCCUGGUUGACAUCAUUGUCUCACGUUUCGGUGAACCAUCACUUGAGCAGAGUCAGAAUGGGAGAGAAAAUAAGAGAACAGAGGAGCUGGACGUCACUGAGCUAGAGCCAUGGCUCGGAGGUGGGAAGUAUGUGAAUGCUGGCGAUGGUGUGGUGUUUUCGGGAAUUCGGGCGCUGAGUCGGAGAUCCUUACGAGACGUGUCACAUUGGAUGGAAGACAUCUACACCUAUGGAGAGCAAGCGUACGGAGUCAAAGAAAGACCCACUGCUGACAGAAGAAAACGGCGGAGGAGGAAACCGGACACAUUGCCCGCCGCUGAGGUCUCUCGUUCCGAGUCGAGGGGCGCGCACUCUCCCGGCCCUGCCACAUCUCCCGGCGAAACGACUCUGCCUCUUGGCAUUCCUCCGCCUAUCAUUAAGGCUGUAGAAACAUCUUUGAACAAGGCCACGAAGGCUAUUGACCCGUCUCAGGGUAGCGAGCAAGAUACACCAGCAGCCACAUCAUCACCCGCCGAUACAGAAGGUUGGAUGAAGUAUCUGACUCUAGGCUAUGGGACGGCGUGGGGUGGAAAGGGGCCGCACAUUGGCGAGCAGCCACCUGCUUCUGCGUAUCCUGCUAAGCAUGAUCCGGUACCAAAAUCAGAUAAGACGAUGCGCUAUGUCGAACCGAAGCCUGACGUUGACUGGGUGCAAGAGAGGCUAAAGCAGCAGAUUUGGCAAGAAAACACCGGAUACUAUGUCAUUGGAUUGAAAGGGGACGUGGAGGAGGAAGGGGUGGAUGAGGACAGCGAAGCAGACGAGCGUGUCAUGCUUCGGACGGUGAAUGUUGAGCUCGUGGACGCCUUGCCGUCAACGCCUGAUGGUGAUGGCGGGACCCCUAUUGUCGAUAAGGAACUGACACCAGCUGCACCCGCCGGGCCGAGAUUAUCUCGGCUGCGUGCGGUGGUAUAUGCGCACCGUCCAUUCAUCUACACAUUCUUGUUCCGUCCACAGACGGAGUCGCUCACCCUGAGCACCUUCUACCGCAAUCUACACCAGUAUUUCUCACCGCUACAUCGACCUUUGAGCAACAGUACAUCACCAGACAAGGUUGGCGCACGUCUCUCGGCGGCCUUCAACCCCUUUACAACGGUUUCAACGGCGGCAGGCUCCGGAGAGAACCCACAACCAAUAUACAAUGUUGUUUUCGAUCCUCGCACGCUGACGGUGCAUUCCAGUUUACCUAACAUUCCCGAACCAGGCACUCUAUUCGCGGAAGGGUUCAGCGGUCCUGGUGGCGUGGUAGGGUGGAGCCGUGCAGAGGCGCUCAAUGUGCACUCUCAGAUUCUGGCUACAGUGGGUGGCACACGGCGCACGUUCUCGGAGAUAGAACGGACGUGCAAGACUAGCCGUGGGUGGUGGGUCGUCUGGCUGAGGCUGGCACCGUCGGCCAUGGACAGGCUGACGGAUGUGCAAGCACAGGGCGAGACGGAAGCUGGUUUCACGGUUGAAGAGCUGCGCGAGGCAUUCCUCGUACGGCGGUCAAAUGAUGCGACUACUUCCUCCAGUAAGACUUCAGGCAGUAGUGGGCUCUGGCGUCUUGGUCGACCCUCUACGACUGAGAAAAUGGGCAGAGCUGCAGCGGGAUGGCGUCCUGGUGGUUUGGCAGAGGGGAUUGGCAUUGACCCGAGGAAGUAUGUGGAGAGUCUGCUGAGUUUGAGCCGUUGA